AUGUCGCUCCCUUCGACUCCCAAAGCUACCCCUCCCAUGGCACCCGCUUCAGAGGGACCUCAGACCCCUGGCAGGUGGAGGCACCCUCAACUGGAUGAGAUUGUCAAACGCCAAAAUGCCGCUACAUUCGACGAGAAGAACGUGAGAAAGUUGGUCUGGAAUGGAUCAGCUCUGGUCAUGACCUGGAUCUUCGGCAGUGCCCUCAAGUCAUACUCGCGUCACAUCUUCCAUAACAACCACGUCUAUAACGAGAUCUCCUUGCUCCUCUUCCAGCUGUUCUUUGUUUUGAACAUCGGCACCGCGCUCUACCCCCUCUUCCGGGCCAAGGACGACCUUUCGGACAUUCCCCUCACCCCGACACAACGUUCUCUACUGGGCCUGGAUCCUGCUGCGACCCAGCCUGCUACUCCAGGGACGACGUUUGUUACCCCACCCAGAUACCGCCUCUCCACCUCCCGCAAAGCCAGCCCGGCCAGCAGACAAGGCUCACCCAUGUCCUCUGCGAAUACCAGCCUUUCCGAGCGACGGCCCUCCGUUGGUACACCCUUCUCGCCUGUCUCAAGUCCUCUGUUGUACAAGGCUGUAUCCAAUGGCGGCAAUGGAAAUAGGGAAUCUGUGCAACGCCAGAGCUUCGGGUCCCAAAGCUUUGGAUCGACGUCUCCCCUCGCUCGCAGCAACUCAUUUGGAGAAUCGACCUUGAGCAUGGGCAGUCUGGGGCCAGCAACACCGUCACCUCUUGCUGGUAAGCGCACAAGUCUCGGAGUCAAGAACAAGUGGUUGUAUGAGAGGAGCCGCAGAUUGUCGGCCAGCGGAGGUGCCAUGUGA